AUGGAAGGACUGGCCUCGGAGCUCGUUGAAAACAUCUACCAGUUCCUAGAGCCUUCCUGGCACUAUAAUCUUGCGAGGACGUGCAGGUCUCUUUACCAAUCCUCGGCGCACAUACUACGUCUCCACGCUGCAGCAUACGAGAAUGGCCGCAUUGCUUCAGACCGUGAGCCGUCGGACAUCCUCAAGCUCUUGAACAGCGUCUCGCACCCUACUGGUGCGGAGGCUAUUGAAGCUUGGCAUGUGCGCGAAUAUGAGGUCUGGGGAAGCAGGGAAUCCUGGAGGGAGUGGCAGCAAUGGCGUGUUGAUCCAGACGGCUCCAUCUUAAUGGAGACUGUUGAUAACCCGGCGAUUGAAGCUGAUCGCAUUAAAUCUUUGGCCAAUUCCUUUUUGCGAGAGUUUACAUUCACGACCGAGACGGACCAUGACAUGGCUCGGAACGAGAUCGAAACUGGCGGUGACGGAUUUGUGAAGAUGCUCAUCAUAUCCGGCUUACCCCGCUUGACAGCGCUUCGAUUCGUCGAAAAAGAACGGGACCUACAUACGAGUCUGGAGUGGAUGUGGAAGGCCGUUUCUAACAGCGUCGCAGCCUCGAUUCCAUGGCCGAUUGGAUUCAUCUCCCUCCGGAGUGUGGCAGUCGGAGUGGUUACCCGAAAUCCUACAGAUUCAAAUAUGGCAGAUUCGCGUGCAAAACAUCUAGCCAUGUUACUCCGCCUGCCGAAUAUCGAAGAGGUCUACUUCCGGAACCUGAAUAUGCGUACCGAUGGUGACAUCGAGGACGUCGACGAUGCACAGGAGCGCUUUCAACUACCAGCUGCCUGUUCUUCCGUUAAAAGGAUCAUCCUUGACAGAAUUAGAGACGACUCGUGGUCUUUCAGGGAAGCGCUACUCAUGGCCCCGAGUGCUCUUGAAGCUUUGGUAAUCCGUGGACAUCCAGAGAAUGCGGACGAGCCAAUGGAUAGCGACAUGAUUCCCGUAUGCUUAGCCGACUCCUCAUCUUGUCAAUCUCUUCGCAGAUUCACCAUCUACAGGCCAGAUUACGUAAAUAGUCACCAUAGCAGGUUGUAUGAACCAGGACUCUUACAGGGGCUACACAACCUUGGUCUAGUAAGUUUAUGCAUUCAGGACAUUAUCCUCGAGGCCCUUGGAGAGGCCAGGAAUCAGCAGUCGGAUGAGGGGGGAAUCGAUGAGUCUGAGUACAUACAGGAGAUGGGCAUUGAUGAUGUUUCACUCCCGCAUUGCACCAACGAUGAUUUCAUCAAUCAUGACGAGCUUGUUGCCGCUUUCGUUUGGCUGCUCCCAGCUUCUCUGGAAGUCCUUGUGCUUUGGGGGCAAGAAACAGACGAAUAUGGUGAAUGGUUUAGAAGGGGUGAGUAUGAGGAAUACGAGACGAUUGACGACGCCAUUGUUGCAAUGAUGAGAUCCGGCCGUUUCAAAAAACUGAAAGCCGUCUAUCUCAACCCGAUUGAGGAAAACGGAUCUACGCCGCGAGAAAAAGUGUUAUUUCAGAAGGCGAUAGAGGAAGGGCGAAACCGGGGAGUCCAGAUCCAUACUGUUGCCAACCACCCAGAGGAGGACCACAUGCUCGAAUUUGUGCCUAUUCCCGACAAGUAUGACAUGAUAACGGGGUCAAUGGGAGACUGGGACGAAUCCUGGGUUGUACACCCUUUCACGGGGGAAUGGACAUCCCCAGGAUGCCUUGGCUGUGGUGAGUGUGAGAUUUGUUCAAGGCAUUAUACACGGUCGGCAUGGGAAAACUUUCAUAAUCUGUGCGGCUGA